CUGCCUCCAUCUCUCUCGGUUCACAUGCGUCAUGUCAAUGUGUGCAUGGCACCACCAAACAAAAACCUAAAGCUACCACCACUAAAGCCUUGAGACGAGGGGUGAGGUGAGAUGAGAUCCAUCUUUAUAUAUAGCCUUAAAGCUCUUGGGAACACUUCAUCUCGAAGUCACUGAGCUCCACAGAAUCUAUCCAUCUAGGAGCAGGCAUACAGCAUCUAGCAACAUGUGCUCCGGGUCCUGGAGCACCAAGAGAUACCCAUCUCCUGUCGUCUUCAACCUCAAGCGGCGGCGGCAGCAGAAGACGAAGCAUCAUGUCUCAGUUGCUAUCAGGAGGAGGAGGAGGUUGAGGCUGAGGAGGUUGAGAGCCGGAGCAGAGGCCAUGGAGAUGGUGAACCUGAAGCUCUACCUGGAGAACCGGUGCAUCAUCGCCGAGAACGAGAGGCUCCGGGAGAGGGCCACCGCGCUCCGCCGCGAGAACCUCGCCCUGCGCCAGAACCUGUCCAAGACGGCGGCCGAGGCCGAGCUGCCGGCGGCAGGAGCGGGAGCUGGAGCUGCGUGAGGCUGCUUCCUCUUGUCUGCUGAGCGUGGACUUGCGUUCCCCCUUUGGUGCUUGUCCUAGUUCGUGUAGAAUCCUAGGUAUCUAUCCGGCCGCCAUGUCUGUGCUCAUAAAUCACCAGGUUUUUGGAGCUCCCUUGGGUGCUCUGUGCCAUGAUGUUUGUACAUUACAAGUGCAGGGAUUAACUAGAUUUUGUUUGCAAUUAAGUAGCUCUUUUGGAUGAACAGAGCAAGGAAAUAAAAAGCAGCUCCGAUCAAGAGAAAAACAAGGUCAAGUUAAACUUC